AUGGCGACCGAUCCGCCCGUUAAGGGCGGCGUCGGCUCCAUCAUGGUCAACACCACGCGCAAGGCCUACGACAAGGAAACCUUCGCGGCGCUGGUGGAGAGCUGCACCAGGCUGUUCUGCUGCGACGAGGAGAUCGUGAUAGCGGACCUGCUGCUUGCGGUCGAGCGCGCGAUCACGGAGCGCGACAUCGAGUCCGAGUUGGGGCUGCCGGAGCGUAAGGUGCACGAGUUCCUGGUGAAGCUGGAGCGUCACGGCCUGGUGAGCAGGGUCACCACGGGGCAGACUACAGACAUCCUCGCUAAGCCUGUGCGUCAGCCAAGGAGCUCCAGGGACAUCCUGCCGCCGCCACCUCAGAGCAACGCGCAGACCUUCUGGAGGCUGAGCAGCUACUUCAUUUUGGCAGUGCACUACAAGCUCAGCAAAAUGGAGGAGAUGCUGAUGCAGCGGCGUAGAAGUCUGCACGAGUGUGACCGCUUUGUCUGCCCAUCCUGCAAUGCCAUAUAUGACAGCUUGGAGGUGCAAAAACUCGAGAUGGACGGGUUCGACGCGCACUUCAUCUGCUACUGCGGCUCCAAGGUCGAACUUGAUGACAAAGCCACCAAAGAUUCCAUCUAUUCAUCGCAACAGCAACGGUGUGAGGAGCAGGUCAGGAACCUGAAGAAGUGCCUGGCGGCCGCCUGGGGCAUGGAGGUCCCGCAGUUCGCCGUGUACAUCAGGGGGAAGGAGAAGAUAGUGAACAAGGAGGAAGACGGAGCUGCUCAGGAUAGUGCCGCGAUCAGCACUGUGGGCGGAGCGUCGAGCGUCGUGAGUGGCACCAGCGACACCAGCGAGAGCUUAACCGCCGCGCCGGCCAAGCCCAUUGUGAAGUCGCUGCUUGCUGAGGUUACGAGGCACACCACUACCACCCUCUCCAGCAACGGCAAAACCAGCAAAAUCAAGUUCCGCAUGCACCACACGCUCAAGCAAGAGACCGCGACAACUAACCAGGUCACGCUGGCUACUAAGCUGCUAAACGAGGCGUCGUCCGGCACCCAGGCGGAUGCGAAGUCGCAAGAUUCCGCGCCUGCCGAGCAGGCAAAUGUGGUGGAAGAAAGCGAACAGAUGGAGAAGGCAGAGGAUAUAACGUUCUACAUCACCAAGUUGGGGCGUUCCUUCCCACUGACAGAGGCGCAGGAUUACCAGCAGCACAUGAACAACGAGGAGUUUGAGAACUUCCUGGAGCUACAGGACAGAUAUCUCAACUUCCUCUAA